AUGUGUGGAAAACUGCCACUCUUCUUUUCACAGGUGAAAUAUCCAGGAUUUAUUUCCAGUCAACAUGGUUGCCGUCAUGAUCAUAAAUAUGACCAGAAAAGACUAACGGCACAAGAUGCAAUUCUUUCACAGAAAUCUCUUGAUAUGUUUAUGUAUUUGACUUCACUUUUACCUUUCUUACGUGACGUCUAUGAAUCAGUAAUUUAA